ACAACUCCAUAGCCGAAGCUGUUUUGGUUCCCAGAUCGCUAAUAAGGAAUCUCAUUCUUCAUUGCCGUCGCCGCUUCUCUCCGCCAACGCCGCCUCCCUCUGCCGCACUUUUCACCGGAAACAAUUUAUUGCAGCUUCUUUUUUCUUCUUCUCCUCCCUGCCUGGCCCUAAUUGUAACUUUUAGAAUUUGUUUAUUUCAUGUCGUAUAUAAAGAAGCAUCUCAAAUUACCAAUGUGAAUAUUUGGACACAUAGAAAAGAUCACCGGAAGGGGAUGGUAUUUUUCUCCAUAUUUACACCCUUAUAUGUUAUCAUUAUAGGAGCUGCAAUGGGGUGAGUUGCUUCAAAUGGCUCCAAGACCUUUGGACCGGAUUACUUUAGCUACUAUAAAUCUGAGAUAGCAGAGCUACUAUCCCAAGAUGAUGAUUUUCUGCCUUCUUUGCCACUUCAAGAUUCUUGCUCAGCUAAAGUUGUGAAUGGGUAUAAGACUAGUGAAAAGAAGCAUAAUAGUGCAAGUUCUUCUUCCUUGUUUUAUGGUUGCAUUAGUCCCGAGGUCUAUGAGUUGAAAAGGGAAAAGCUGAAAUCUCUACUUCGCUGUAGUGUUUUUUCUCUUUCAUAAGAUGAAUGACUUCUCUUUGCUAUAUUAUGCACAGUGUGUUGUUUACUAAGUUUGAGUCCACUGCAUACAAAUUUGAGGUAGACUCACCUCUAGAGAAUCUUUUUUUUUUGUGGUGAGUUAGGUACAAUUUAACAUUAUAUAUAUGGAACCUAAGCCGUAGCCAUUGCCAUCUCGACUCGAUCAUCGGUGAUAUUGAAAUCCAAUCGCUCCCAACUUGCUUUCUCUUCGUAGCCUAUACUGAAAAAUCAUUCGCUCCUCGCCGUUAUUUCCGUUGGCAGCCGCAAAAGGGGAGUUAAUCUUUCUUUGCAUCAUGGAUGCCACCAAGCUUCAAGAAGAUUACCCCAUUGCUACACCAGAAUAUGUCAUGAAGCUUCUAAAUGAUUACCCCGUUACUACACCAGAACAUGUCAAGGAGCUUCAAAAAGCUUGCCCCUAUGUCUCACUACAAGAUGUGGUAAACUGUAUCAUCAAUUUCUGCCCACAUAUGGCGACCCCUAUGUUUGAUUCUUCUAUUCAUGAUAUCAAUAAGAGUCGAGAAAACGAAGAGCUAAAUGGCAGAGUACAUGUCAAUGCUGGCCCUUUACUUCAUGUGCAUUCAGUGCAUGUAAAACCAAAAAUUAAUAAACUUGCUGUAUAUGGUAGGAUUCGGGUUUGUUUUCAAGAUAUCAAGAGUGGAAAACGAAUGAAGCUUGAUCUUUACAAACGAAGGGCCAACGAUGCUGAGAGAAUUAGCUCAUGUGGUGGUAAUUUAACUCUUAGUUGGCCCCUUAAUUAUCCGUGGACAAAAUUGCAAGGAACAACUAUAGUAGUUAAACUCUAUCACAAAAUUGGGAGGAAGGGUGUUCUGUUUGCUAAAGAGGAUAUUUUUGUGGGUGAUGCAACUAGAGGUAAUUUUGAAGAACUGAUAUCUAAGGAAUUCCAUUAUGAAGUUUGCUGCGCUACCUUGACUUAUAUUGCAAUGCCAUUUGCUGCUCUUUGCCGAGUGGAUGUUAGAUUAUCUGGCAAAGAGAAGGGCCGAGUUGUUAAUGUUGCUGGAAAAAUUGUUGCACGGUUUAAGAACACUUAUGGAAACUAUGAUUCAGAAGGGUGCGUUCUUUUUGAAAAGCAGGAUGGCUUUGAACCAGUAGUGAUGAAUAAUGAACUUUGCAUGUCGAGAGCAUGGUUGGGGUUGCCAGCAUAUUCGUCACUUGAACUUGAUCUGGACUUGAGGGACUAUGACACAUGCAGAAAGAUUAAAAGAAGAGUAGAGUUGUUGACUGGAAAUGGUGCACAUGCAAGUGAAUAUGCAGAGGCUGCAGAUGAUUUUGCGAUUGUUGUUGAUGCAAGAUUGUUUCCAUACCCAUUGAUUGUGCAGCCUGGGUGGAGAGAUUAUGACGCAUUCGAGGCAAUUUGUCGUCCAAAGUUUGGAUUUGGAACGUCAACAUCCAUCAGUCUCAACCAUAGGUUUAGUUAUAAAGGUCAACCAAGCGUACAGAUACCAUCACGAUUAGCAGAGUUCUACUCUAUCUUUAUUGGCUGUAAAACAAAGCGGGCGUUGAAAAUUGCUGGCACUGUUGAAUUCUCGUCUGAUAAUAAUACUUACUACAUAUUCAAGAGUAAUGGUAAAGAUGGCGAGAAAGUAGAAGAUCCACAAAAGGUUUUGCCAUUGAAAGGUGUGUGUAUGAAGUUUGAUCUGAAAGGCAUGCUCAAAUUGAAGGUCAAUCUGCAAGAUGUUAGUGGGAAAUUUGCGAAUAGAGGUUUUGCUAAUUAUGAUCUUGGAGCCCCCAUCUGUACUUUACCUUAUAACACCCAAAUAUGUUCUGUUUUUCCUGGCAAAGAUGGGUUUUGUGCAUUGCAUUACUCCUUUUUCCCAAGAGCUUGUCAAGCUAGCAUCGAGAUCAUUUUAAAGAUUAAGAGUUUUCAUUUCGGAGUUGAUAGGAUCUAUGGAAGUGCAAUGGCGCAAUAUAGCAACUUUGACUACUCAACUGAGUUCAAGAGAGAUUAUUUUCGAAGCGUGCUUUUUAGAAGGACUAAGAAGGAUGCGGUACAAUUGAAGAAUGAUGGAAAAGUACCACUUUCUCGAAAUGUCAUUGCGGUUCCAAUGGAUUCGUCCCUUGUUAUUGAAGUAGAUUUUUGUGGUGUGUCUAUGAAAGAUCAUCUAUUUUGCAAUGGAAGGUUCGAGAUUGGACAUUGCUACUUUAAAGAAGAGACAAAUGAUUAUGAUCUUCAGAUCAAGUUGACUUGGGGUGAUGGAUUGCACAAUGGAUGGAGUGAACUAGACGAAGACAAGGGUUGCAGGAUGGGUGGAGCAAAUCAGAUGAGCACAAGCAUCAAGCGUAAACAACCUGAUCAGCGCACUGGGGGGAGUGAUUUUGACGAAUAUGAGGAUUGCAGGAUGGGUGAAGUGAAUCAGACGAACACAAGCCAUUUUUCAGACAAUCCGUCUAGCUAAAGCAACCUGAUCAGUGCACUGGAUGUUGUGAUUAUAGGCGAAGAUGAGGUGUUACCGUACUAUGAACACGCCCUCGCCAAUGCCCUUUGGUGCUUCUCCUGAUUGAUUGAAAGAAGUAUAAAAAUCAAAAACUCGGUCUGCAUGGACGGGUUGCAAUUGUAAUUAAACCCUUGCGUACCCAAGGUUUAACGCGUUUUGAAUUUAUUACUCUAAAUUAUGACAUCGUGUGUAAGUUAUGACAUUGUGCGUAAAUUAUGACUAUUAUCCCUAUUGUGCUUUGAUGUCCUCUUUUAUCCAAACAUUUUCCAUUCAAUGUUUCCACUAUUAACUACUGCUCCCU